AGCAAAGCAACAUGCUGCACGUAUACGUGGAAUGUCUUACGUUACAAAAAAUAAGAAGGAAAUACCAGCAAAGAGUCCACCUGGCAAUGUUGUGAUGUGUAAAUGCCGUUAUGAAUGCAAACAACUGGUGGAUAUGAAAACCAGGUUGUUUGAAGGCUACCAUGCAUUAAACAUGAACGAACAAGGCAACUACUUAAUGGGAUUAAUAGAUAUACUGCCAGUACAAAGACGCCGGCAUGUGUCCAGGAUGGCGGUCCGAGAGUUGCCGGGUGACCUGGCAGUGGCAGCUGCUGAGGAACUGCACGAAGACAAGGACAGACGCGACGACAGCAUCGCUCACAUCAAGCAGUGGCUCUCGAAGCAGCCGCACCUCGCCGCUCGCACAGACGAUCAGUGGAUAUUGGCAUUCCUAAGAUCCUGCAAGUACAGUCUUGAGAGCACUAAAGAAAAAAUUGAUUCAUAUUACUCACUUAGAACAGCGCUACCUGAAAUGUUUAAGAACAGAGAUCCAUUGUCUCCAGAGCUUCAGGAAAUUUUUAACCUUGGCGUUUGUUUCCCACUGCCGUACCUGGACGUCCACGGCAGAAGAAUCAUUCUGAUGCGGCCUGGGAAAUAUCAGCCCACGUUGGAUAUAAUGCAUCGAGUAAACAAACUCACGUACAUGAUGAUGGAAAUACUUCUGCUGGAAGACGACUAUCUCUCAAUAAAAGGAAUGGUUACACUGCUUGAUCUCAGCAACGUCACAUUGGGCCACAUGACCUUAAUGACACCCGCAAUGGUUAAGAAAAUGUCUACUGUCUUUCAGGAUGGUUACCCGAUCAGGCUUAAAGGAAUGAACUUCUUCAACACUCCUCCUCAGUUUGAAGUGGUUUUUAACCUCUUUAAGACCUUCAUGAAAGAUAAGCUACGAAAAAGAUUGUUCGUCCACGGAAGUAACAGGGAGUCUCUAUACGAACAGCUACCGAGGGAUGUCUUGCCAGAAGAAUAUGGAGGAACUAAAGGAACCACGGAUGGUAUGACAGAAAUGUGGAGGAAGAAGGUGGAGAGCUACCGAGAGUGGUUCAUCGCAGACGAGCAGUUCGGCGUGGAUGAGAAGAAGCGGACAGGCAAACCGAAGAACUACGAAGACGUUUUUGGUGUUGAAGGAUCUUUUCGGACCCUCAAUGUUGAUUAAAGGCGUUUUCAUUGCAUAACACAUGUAACGAUUCUACACUCUUAACAAUAAAAAAAAUUAAAUAUAUUCGUAA